AGCAAGGACCCAUCUCUCUUCUGACUGACUAGUGUUUCUGGCCAUAUUUGGGAAAGAAGCCAUAACCACCUUUACCCAUAUUCCCACCUCUGUCUCCAGAUCAAAGUGAAAAUCCAAGUUCAAAGGCUUGUUGGUAACAGAAAUGAACAAGAACUACAUUUUUAUGAGGACAGCCGUUCACUGCAGACAGUACCACAGGGACACCAGCAAUAUCAACGACGACAACUGUGGAAAUCCGCAAGAGCAGUGUCAUGACAACUGAGAUCACCUCCAAAGUGGAGAGGAGCCCCACCCCGGCCAGCGGCGACGGCCCCCGGCCCCCCGCGGAGACCGAGGAGGAAAAGGCCAAGAGGCUGCUCUACUGCUCGCUCUGCAGGGUCGCUGUCAACUCCGCCUCCCAGCUGGAGGCCCACAACAGUGGUACGAAGCACAAAACUAUGUUAGAAGCUCGGAACGGAAGCGGGACGAUCAAAGCCUUCCCUAGGGUGGGUGUGAAAGGCAAGGGCCCGGUUAACAGGGGAAACACAGGCCUGCAGAACAAGACGUUUCACUGUGAAAUCUGCGAUGUGCACGUCAACUCGGAGACACAGCUCAAGCAGCACAUUAGCAGUCGAAGGCACAAAGACAGAGCCGCCGGGAAGCCCCCGAAGCCCAAGUACAGUCCUUACAACAAGCUGCAGAAGGCAGCGCAUCCGCUGGGGGUGAGUGUCGCCUUUGCUUCCAGAAUCACUGGUUUCCUGAGUCGGGCGGGCUCCUCGCCGUUAGCUGAGGUCAGACAUACUUUCAGCUGGGCUCAGGUUUAUACAGAGGAUGGGGACGGGAGGAAACCCAAAGUCUCUUGCGUCAGCCGCUCUGGUGGGAACACGGCGGAGCUGGGGAAUCAGAGGGGACACGGCGGAGCUGUGGGAUCCGAGGGGACACGGGAGCUGCGGGAUCCGAGGGGACACGGGAGCUGCGGGAUCCGAGGGGACACGGGAGCUGCGGGAUCCGAGGGGACACGGCGGAGCUGCGGGAUCCGAGGGGACACGGGAGCUGCGGGAUCCGAGGGGACACGGCGGAGCUGCGGGAUCGGAGGGGACACGGCGGAGCUGCGGGAUCCGAUUGCUCAGGCUGCAGACCUGCACAGCGUCCUCAGCCCGCCUGUGUGGUGA